AUGGCGGCCCAUCGACCCGCCAACCCUAGCGGCUUGCGAAACACGUACAACGCUGCCUCCAGAAACUCCUCCAUUCACGAAGACGACCGGGCAGCGGGGGCCUCCAGCAAUGACGAUGGCGACGCGCCUGCCUCGCCUUCAACCGAAGCGCCUCAGCCCGGACCAAGCGCUCCUUCUCGACCGCCUCCUCCUCAGCACACCGAGUCGACAGGCCUCCUCCACUCGGUCCUACGCGACAACAUCAACGAGGGCCAUGGCGGCCAUGGCACCUUCUCCCCCAGGCCCUCGAGCCCUGUGACGAGUUUCAACAGCUACGAGAACGACACGGCCUCCAACGCCUCCCAACGCGGCGGCCUUGACAAGGUGAUCAACUCGAUCACGGGCAGCGAAGACUGGAGGAAGAGCUGGCACAAGUCUGUCAUGUCAAGGAGCAUCACAAACUCGGACCGCCUCGCUGCCGAGGCCGGCUUCAAGGCCAACACGCGCAUGUACUUGUCCUAUUACUUUCCCUUCCUACAGUGGAUGCCCCAGUACAAGUGGUCCUACCUCAAGGGCGAUUUCGUCGCCUCCCUGACCGUCGCCUCUGUCUACCUGCCCAUGGUCCUGUCGCUCGCCGAGAACCUCGCCCACGUCCCGCCCAUCAACGGCCUCUACGCCUACGUCAUCAACCCCCUGAUCUACGCCAUGCUCGGCAGCUGUCCGCAGAUGAUUGUCGGUCCAGAAGCCGCCGGCUCGCUCCUCGUUGGUACAGUCGUCAAGAGUAGUCUGGGCACAGGCGAGGAUGACGACGACGACGUGCUGCAGGCGCAGAUUUGCGGCAUCGUUGCUGGCAUGGCGGGGGCCACCAUUCUGCUCGCCGGUAUCGCUCGUCUGGGAUUCCUUGACAGCGUGCUCAGCCGGCCAUUCCUGCGCGGCUUCAUCUCGGCCAUUGGUUUCGUCAUCUUUGUGGACCAACUCAUCCCCGAGCUCGGUCUCAGUCGCUAUGCGGAUGAGCAGGGUGUUGGCCACGGCAGCAGCGUCGACAAGAUUGACUUCAUGAUUAAGAACCUCGGCCGCACGCACAAGUUGACCUUCUUGGUGGCUGCUGUCAGUUUCACCAUCAUGAUGGUCCUGCGCGAGAUGAAGAAGCGGCUCCAGCCCCGCUACCCCGGUGUCGCCUACCUCCCAGACCGGUUCUUCGUCGUCGUCGUCUCCAUCAUCCUCUCAUGGCAGCUCGGCUGGGAGGGCAAGGGUGUCGAAGUCCUCGGCACCGUUGAGGCGGCGUCCGGUCACCUCUUCACCUUUCGCUGGCCGUUCCAGCUCUCCCACAUGAAGCACAUCCGCGAAGGCAUGAGCACCUCGUUCCUCAUCGCGCUUCUCGGCUUCUUCGAGUCCUCGGUUGCCGCAAAGAGUCUUGGUGGUUCAGACAGCAUCCAGGGCAUGCAGCUCAGCCCCAACCGCGAACUUGUCGCCCUCGGAGCGGCCAACAAACCUGUCCUCUCGGCCAUGAUCACUGUCGUCGCAUGGUCGCUUCUUGAAGAGGCUCCCCAUGAUAUCGCGUUCUUCCUCGGCAUCCGGGGCUGGAGCGAGCUUGGCCUCAUGGCCAUCAUAUUCCUGGCCACCAUCUUCUACUCCCUCACGGUCGGCAUGGCCAUAGGCGUCGGCCUCUCGGUGCUUCAAGUCAUUCGACACUCGACGCGCCCUCAUUGCCGAGCCCAUGACCCUUUGCCAACACGGGGCCAGCUCAAGAACCGGCUGCGCAGGCUCGAGCUCUACGGCACCAACAUGGGACACCCGGCGCUGCCACGCCUCCGCCACGAGGAGAACAACCGUAACAUCAUCUUUGAUAUCCACGGCGUCACCUCAAUGGAUGGCUCCGGCACCCAGGUCCUCAAGGAGAUUGUCGAGAGCUCCCGCGAGAGGAACGUCCGCGUCUUCUUCAGCCGCGGCCCCGGCAACAAGAAGCACCACAUCUGGCGGCUCAUGCGGCAGUCGGGCAUUGUUGAGCUCGUUGGCGGCGAGGGCCAGUUUGUGGCCGACGUGCAGGAGGCGCUCAAGAUGACCGAGUUUGAGGAGAGCGCGACCAACGCUUAG